AAACAACCCACGGCAAUUGAAAUACGGAAUGACCGCCUCUAGUCAGGCUGUUCAAGGUCGUUGAAACGAAACGGCGGGUACAUUCGAAACGAUUUGACGUUUAAACCGUGUCUCCGUUGAUCAUGGCCCCUAAACUCGGUUACUGGAAAAUCAGAGGCCUUGUACAACCGACUCGUCUUCUUUUGGAAUAUGUUGGCGAAGUAUAUGAAGAGCGUUUGUAUGAUCGCAAUGAUGGUGAUGUGUGGCGAGACGAAAAGUUCAAAUUAGGUCUGGAAUUUCCUAAUCUACCUUAUUAUAUUGAUGGUGAUGUUAAAUUAACACAGUCUAUGGCUAUUUUACGUUAUAUAGCUGAUAAACACAAUAUGUUGGGUGGAUGUCCCAAAGAACGUGCAGAAAUUUCUAUGCUUGAGGGAGCCAUUUUGGAUAUCAGACUUGGUGUUUCAAGAAUUGCAUAUAAUAAAGAAUUUGAAACUCUCAAAGUUGGUUUUCUCAACCAACUCCCUGGAAUGCUGAAAAUGUUUGAAAAUCGUUUAUCUCACAAUAUAUAUUUGAAUGGUGAUAAUGUAAGUUACUAGAUUUUAUCCAUUUGACUUGUAAUUUGUCUAAUAUAGAAAGCACAUUGUUAAGUUCUUGUCAGAUACAAACAAUGCUUUUAGAUGCAAUAACAAUCAAACUUCUCUAAGGUCCUAUCCGUAAAUAGUCAUGUGCUAGCCUAAUAUGAAGUUUAUAAACACAAUUUCAUUGUUUCAUUUAUACUGUUUAAACUUGUGUUAAUUUAAUUCAGUUAUUUAUUUACUUCGAAAAAGUGGUCCACAUUAAGUCACGAGACGUUAGAAAUAUGAUUUUCUACCCAAUGCUGAAUUUAUAUAAGACCAUCAAGUCCAACCUUGGCAUUAAUACCUACAAUUUUAUUUCAUAAAUCUCUUAAAAAUUGCAAUUCUAAUUUUCCAUAUGUGUUUAAUCAAAUAUCAGAAAUAUAGAAAUUGUCAUAAUGUCUAUUGGUUUAAGUUCAGCUCUAGAAAACUAGUGACUCAUCUUGACUUCAUGCUGUACGACGCUCUUGAUGUAGUUUUAUACAUGGACCCAAAGUGCUUGGAUGCAUUUCCAAAACUAAUUAGUUUCAAACAGCGUAUAGAAGUAAGUUCAUAAUAAUAUGUACUUGGUUCUCGUUUAACCUGACGAAUUCUCAUUUAACUAUUUUUUUCUUCUUAAAACUAGAAUUUACCACCAAUCAAGAACUACCUGAAUUCUGACAGGCACAUAAAAUGGCCUCUGCAAGGCUGGUCCGCCAUUUUUGGUGGUGGAGAUGCUCCUCCAAAAUAAAUUAACAAUGAUUCUUUUUGGUGAACAUUAAUAAAUACUUCUUAUAUGUGUGUCUACUAAAUAAAAAGUACUGAUGAAAUCUUGGGUUUUCCUUUUCUCACAUAAAAUAUACUCCAUAAAUGAGGUCACAUCCAAAAAGUAAUCUAUUCGUUCAACUGUAUAUUAUUGCUGUUAUAGUUAAAAGCGUUACAUUUCUGUUAAGUUUACAACAAAUUUUUCUAAUCAUUACCUACCUGCCUCAAUUCGCAGUACUGAUCUGUGUUGGGGUAGGUUAAAAGGAAGCUAUGGGUGAAGAAGCUAAAACAAUUCAUUAGUCUAUGAAACUACUUCCCACUAAUUUGAGUCAUGCUGGUGUAUGCAGACUACUUAAUUUGGGUUCGCGUGAUAAUCGUGAUCUUGGAUGACAGGGCUUAGGAGUAGUAACAGUAGUAUAUAUUCAUUCAUUCUCUCAAACACUUCAGUGCAAUCUAAGAUUUCCUAGGAAAUCUAUAUAUUUAUUUGUUUCAUAUUAUUAAUACUAUUCUUAUUUAUACUCCUUUGUUAUUCAUUUUACUAGCAUUAUCUCUGUGCUGUCGUAGUGCAUCAACUUGAGAUUAAGCACAUUUGUGAAAGGUUCUAAAUUGAUUAUGAGUAACUGAUUCCUAACCUGUGGUUCAUAUUCUAAUUAAUUUUUGUAAUGUUCGUCAUGAAGGUACAACAAACUAUUGAAAUAUAGAAAUUGAUAGUCCAUACUUGUUAGCAAGCGAUGUAUUGGAUUAAUGCAUGUUCCAUGCAGGAUGACGCUAGGACACGUUAAUUGGUUCAUUCUUAGCCUGUCGGCGCUGGCGAAUAACUCGAGAAGACUUAAGAAUCUUCUCAUGUAGAAUUAUAAGUAUACUGACGUUUUUAUUGUAGCUGUUAAUCACAUCCAAUCUUGUUUAUUUGGAAUAUAAUUGCAUUUCUGUUCAACCGUGUUCUGAUUUGAGAACUAGUCAAGUGGAGUGAGGUAUCCGAAGAAUACUAAGCAAUACGGGUAGCUGGGUUCUGUAAAGAGAGAUCCUAACAAUACUCGAGGAAAUCCCGUCGGUUAUGUACAAUUAAUAUAAGCAGUGAGGUUAGUGAAACAUAAGUUUGUUCAUUACUGUUUGUUAUGAUGUUGCAUUUGAACUACGUGUUUCUUCAACGAGAUACCAUUUGAUAAUUGAGAAUCAUUAUACAGGAUCAUACAAAAAUAAAGAUUAAAAUAACCCCUAAUAUGUAUUGAUCUCAUAGUCCAUAGGACACAGUGAGAUUUCUUGAAUCUAUGGUGUAGACACUAUGAUGUCUAGAUAACUGUUUACAGCUAUGUGUGCUCUGUCAUUGUAGGGACUCACUAAUUAUAUCAUCCAGUACCUGUCCCUGUGUUACACUACGUAUUAUCUGUUUCAGCGCAUGUGCGUAUCGCUUACCCGACUCAUCACAUGUCUUUAGCUUGUUUUCUGUCUGACUACAAAUGGUGACUCACGCUUUAUCAAAGUGAGUUGGGAAUUUUCCCUUCUACGCUUUGCUUUCCCGGUCCUCAUUUUUUAGUGUCUGUCCGAGUAGAUGAAUGCCAGAAAUAAAUUCAUCCUACUCAGUCCGUAUUUGGCUACUUAUCACCGCCUUCGCUCAAACGGUGUUAGUCUAGGUGUAGUAUACAGAACUAAAUGGGAAAAAUUAUGUUCAUAGAAUACUCAUUUGUUCUUCCAAACUAAAGUCAGACCAACGGGUCACUGAAGUAGAAUUUCCUGCUUUUUAUAUAUAACAGGGAAUCAAACAACAUAUUCUCUCUUUGGAGUGGCGACUUAAUGAUUAUAGAACAAGAUAUUCAACUGUUAGAUAACACAUUUAAACUUGGGAUUUGGAUGUCCCACAUAUUACCAAUUCAUUAAAAUAAGAUUAGAUUCCACUUAAAUUAAGAUCCAGAUUUGCCUUAAUAUAAAUGAGCACCUCAGUAAUAUGUAAAUUUGAUCUAACAAUCGGGACUAUAUCCAUCUACUUAGGUCUGAGUUAUCAGACAGUGUCACCAGCCACCACAUGAUGUAACUUAAAGCCUGGUACACAAACUGUAGUUCAAUUAUUGAAUUACAUCGAGAAUUCUAAUCUAUCUUUAGUUCUGGGACUCGAACCCAAUAAAAUUUUGAUCGUAGAAUAGACUAAUAGGGUACAAAGUGUAGUUUUUUAAGUAUAAUGAAUAAUUUUUUAAAAGUAUGAUGCAUGUUUAAGAUAAAUGAUUACAUUGUAUGCAUUUAUGUCUAUUUACCUUUGUUUAUAUUAUUCCUUUCUUAACUUCAGAUAUGUACUCGUAUUUAUGAUUUAUUACUAACUAUGAAAAUAUUUUAGUGCUGUUUGUCUUAUAUGUCUAACAUCUAUAUUAAAAUUGGUUACCUAUAAUAUACACAUUAAUCACUUUAUAUGUAGACCGAAUCACCCAUUACUCACUAGGUAGUUAUUUACAGUAUCUCUUGUUUGCAUUUAUUUAGUUUCAAUGUUCACUCAUUCAGUUCGCUUGUUCAUACAAAUGUCUUGAAAUAUACAUGUCUUAAAUCCAACUUGUAUUCAACUUUUUGUUUCUACGUUAUGUUAACCUGAUUAUUCAACAGAAGAUGUACAAAGUUAAAAAAUCAAUUUUUCUUACUGGCAUUAUCAUCGAUCAUACAUGUUGAAGUCAACAAAGUGGCAUAAAAAAUCACUACUAUUUAUUUGUUUGUUUUAAGUAUUCUAAAACUACCAUUUCUAUAUAUAACAUAAACUUUUUGGUACAAUAUCAUUCUAAUUAAUGACAAACAAAUAAAGCAUGUUGUUUAUUCAU